GGUCGAACGAGGUGAAGAGACAAGAAGUGCGUUGGACUCUCUUGAGGUAAAAAUGAGACUGUAUGUUGUAGUACUUCUAUUCGCGAGCAACGCCUUGGCCAAACCCACCGCCCAGAAUGAAAUAGAUGCAGACGAUGGGCGAUUAUCAGUCGCCAUCUACGACACCGGUAACCCCUACUACGACCCCUUCCGACCAACUUACGAUCCCUACGCCCCAAUCUACGACCCUUACGAUCCAUACGCCCCAAUCUACGACCCUUACGAUCCCUACGCCCCAGUCUACGAUCCUUACAACCCAUAUUACGACCCCUACAACCCCUACUACAAUCCAAACAUCCAACGACCCAUAGUCAACCAACGCCCUUACAAUGCCUACAACCCUUACUAUGGAAAUAAUUACUAUACAUUAGGAAGCUUCAUAGGAGGGGCUGUCGGGAGCUUCCUCAACGACAGGGACUCAACGGAAACUUCAGGGACACAGGAGGCUACAGAGGCCGUCGCCUUUUGAAGACUUCAGGGACCAAAAAGGCUUCAGUUGAGAAUGUAUUUGGUUAUGACAUUAAUAUGAUGAAUAUAGAUGAUGAAGUGAUUGUGUGAGAUGUUAGGAAAGUUUGGUGUGUGUUUAAACUCUCACGAUGAUUGCGUGGAAUUCA